UGAUUUAACAAUCAUCACUUCAUCUCCUUCCAUUUCCCUUUCGAUAAACCACCACAUCUUCUUCUGAAACCCUAGCCACGACCAAUCGCCGCCCGCCUCUUCCACAUACUUCUCCUUUGAUUAUCAGAUUUGAUGAAACCGGAUCGGGUCUACCUCUAGAUCCGUUCCACGUUUCGGAUCUCCACCGUCUAAGUCAAAUCCAGAUGCUCCCGAGAUUCGUAGCACAUAGACAUGUCUCUGUUUCUAAAAGACGAUUCGAUUCAAAUCCGCGAAGUAUGGAACGAUAACCUCCACGAGGAGAUGGAUCUGAUCCGACAAGUCGUCGACGACUUCCCCUACGUCGCCAUGGACACCGAGUUUCCCGGAAUCGUCGUCAGACCCGUCGGAACAUUCAAAUCCAACGCCGAUUACCACUACGAAACCUUGAAGCUCAACGUCAACAUCCUCAGCAUAAUCCAGCUCGGUCUCACCUUCUCCAACGAGCAAGGUAACCUCCCUACCUGUGGAACCGACAAGUACUGCAUCUGGCAGUUCAACUUCCGAGAGUUCGAUCUCGAUUCCGACAUCUUCGCCGUGGAUUCAAUCGACCUUCUUAAGCAAUCAGGCAUCGACUUUGCUAAAAACACACAAGAAGGGAUCGAGUCCAACAGAUUCGCGGAGCUCUUGAUGUCUUCAGGGAUCGUGUUGAACGAGAACGUCCAUUGGGUUACGUUUCACAGUGGAUACGAUUUUGGAUACUUGCUGAAGCUUCUUACAUGCCAAGACCUUCCCGAUUCGCAGACGUGCUUCUUCGAGCUGAUCAAUGUUUAUUUUCCGAUGGUGUAUGAUAUUAAGCAUUUGAUGAAGUUCUGUAACAGCCUUCACGGCGGUCUGAACAAGCUGGCGGAGUUGCUGGAGGUGGAGAGAGUUGGGAUCUGUCACCAGGCUGGGUCCGACAGUUUGCUGACCUCUUGUACUUUCAGAAAGCUUAAGGAGAACUUCUUUGCUGGUCCGUUGCAGAAAUAUGCUGGUGUUUUGUAUGGAUUAGGUGUUGAAAAUGCUCAGGUUACUCUCUAAUAGUAUCAAAUAAAAAUUCCUUAAAAAUUGUCUGGUUGGUUUUGUUACUGGUAUCAAAUUCAUGAUCACUGAAUCGUAUUUGAUC